AUGAUUAAUAAUCAAGGAGGUUUCAAUAAAAGAAUUAUAACUCUUGGAGUCCUAAUUUCCGAAGGACAAGCGUAUGGUCAUACCAAUCAAAGUCCUACAUUUACGCCCUAUGGCGUGGAACCCGAAUUUCGUUCUAUUAUUGUAAAAUAUCCAAAAGAAUCAUCAUCUUUUAAAAUCGGCUCCAAACAAUUCAUCGAAUGGAAAUCCACAUUACCCCGUUCCACUGAAGUUAUCGUAGAAAUAUUAAGUUCCCCACGUUACGAGUUCAGUCCUCCUGAAACCAUUUGGAAAACCACCGCCAGUAUUGGUAGUGGAAAGGUUUCAUUUAUUGUAGGACAAUGGUUUUAUUAUAAUAUUUAUAAUGCCAGAGUUUAUACUCAAAAUCAUCCUCGAGUAAUUGGUACUUCCGGUCAUUUCACCAUUUAUUCUCUACCAAUCCAAUCAUAA